CAGAGCGAUCAGAGAAUGGGGUGGCUCCGCUCCAUCGUCUCCCCGCUCAGGAAGCUCUGGUGCAACAUGAACACAGUGCCGCGCAAGAAGAGAGGGAUCUACAUCCUCUACGACGACGUCAAGUCGUGCCAAUGCGAGGACGUGCACGUGCUCUGGUCCAUCCUCAUGGAGUCCCACGGCCUGCCGCCUCCGACGCCCACCACCGUGCUCAGGCUCACGCGGUGAUCGCCAGAGUUUGCAUCCGUCGGCCGUCGAUUGGCGUCAGCUCUGGCACGACGGCGCCCCCAGAAUAAGGAACGGCCGGCACGGGGUGCCUGUUGGCCGUUGCCGUGUUUUCACGGGAGGUGAAGUGGUGAACUAGUAUAGCUAGCAUAAUAUGCUUCUGUCGAAUGUUUAUAGAGAAGUUGGCUACAUUAAUCUGGCCUUCGUACGUCCAGCGCCUCUUUUGGAGCUGCUGAGACGAGAAAGCUGCUGCGUUCGCGGUUUGCUUGAUGAGUGUGGUGAUGGGCUCAUCCGAGCGCACCCCUCUUUUGAGUUUUGAUUUGACUCGUCGCUUUCUGUUAAGACUGCAUUCAGAAUUUCAGAUGCAGGUCAAUUCAUCCACCAUUACUGAUA